AUGGGGGGAACGCCUAGGAAGCGCAACGAACUACCAAAGAUCUUUGUAAAGAAAGAACCCGCCUCUCCUGACCCCCCGUCCCGUCACCGGCCGCCCAGACUACAUCUAUCCAAUGGCCCUACACCACCUUCCGGCCCCAAUGCCGCUGCUACACCACGAACUGCCAAUGGCCACUUGGCUACAAUGCAGGAUGUCGGUAUGGCAUGUCUGUCCCCCGGCUUCGCAACGCAUGACCCUGCUAUGCGCGACCAACUCCAACGUAGUAUAUCUGUGCGCGAGCAACAGCGGUCGAUAAUUGAAUCGCGGCUACAACGCCACGUGAAGGGCGGCGAGAGAACCGGAGGCGCUGAGCCGAACUCUAGAACUGACCGUGAUGAGCCACCAUCGGCCCGCGGGGGGGACAGGUCAUCGGCACAUACUCCUCGCAGGAGACCUCCGAGCAGUCUCACCAUUGUCCCACCACCUCACCGUGCGUUUGCAAACGAGCGCGUAGUUCAGUCCGCACCACUGCAUCAGUCAUUCACGGGCCGAAACCAUCCCCCUCCAUCAUCACACCAUGGCCCUCCACCCACCACUCACCAUCAUCAACAGCAGGUUAACCGAUUACCCCCAAUCAGUGAUGUAUUUGGUCUCGAUGGUCCGGAAUCCUCCAGGAGUGUGAGGCAUCCGGACGACGGUACCAGUAGACAGUACUUCCCCGCGACCAGGCCAUCCUAUCCAUCCCCAAACAGUAUGGCCUAUUCCCGCCCUCGAGAGCACCGAUCCGCUGAAGAAGCGAUGGCGAAUAUAUCGGGUGGCCGCGAGGACUUAUUACCCCGGAUAAUCCAUUACGGGGGCCAUCAGCCCCCCACACCACCGAGUCCCCCGCAACCCCAGCAUACCCCGUCGAAAUUGGGCGUGCACGGAAUGCACGAACAGCAGCCCCACUCAGCGAAGAGGCGGAGGACGAGGGCGGAAUAUGAGCGCGACGAGAGCAUGGGGAGUGAUCAUGGGGAUCGGGAGCAGGAGUCUAAGAGACGAAAGAAGGAGGAGUUUUUGUCGUUAUGUGCGAGGGCGUGGGAGUUGUUCCAUUCGUGAAGGUUGAAAUGGGUGAUUAAAUUUUUAUAAGGUUACUUUUUGUCUCACUUUUCUACUCUAUGACGCUCUAACUUUUGUUUAUUUUGAUUCUUUUUAUUUUCAAGCCAGGUGCUAUUGGGAUCUUUUUUUUCUUCACUCUUACUUUUUUUUAUUUUACCUUUUUUUGCUCGCUCUGUUUGAAGAAGAAAAAUCCCAGCGAAGAAUCAUGAGGACGUUUGGAAGUUAGUUAGUCUCUGAUACCUUUUUCUUUCUUUCUCUUCUAUCCCCCUCCUUUUUUUUUUUCUUCCGUCCCCCUUCGUCUGCCUCGCUGCGUUCUUUAUUUCCUCUUACUUUACUUAACUUACACUUCUUGUAUCUCAUUGGGUCUCACGCUUAUUUCGAGGGCAAAAUUAUUUCCUAUCCUUUCCUAUCCUCCUCCUUUCUCUUUUCUUUUGUGGUUUCGGGGGGAUUUUCCGCCUUUUUUUUCUUUCUUUUUUUUCUUUUUCCAUUUCAUGUUAUUGGGUACGGUAGGGUUCGGUCGGCUUGGAUUUGGAAUUGGCUGGUAGGGAAUGGAUUGGUUGGUUGGUUUUGCCGGUUGGGGACGGUAGGGAGAUUUCAUUUUUAGCUCUUUGAGUCAACUUAGUUGGGUUCUUGUCGUGCCAUGUCGUGUUUAUUAUAUUCCACUCCUAACUUUUCCUUUCCUUUCCUUUUUUUUCUCUUUCCAUUUACAAUUUUCUUCUUCGACUUUUGACUUUUUAUCUUGCGGUUUUCUUUUUCGACCCCCCCUUGUGCCGUGAGGGGGGGAAAGGUGAUAUAUAUAUAACAAGACUAUAAUGAGUGGGAAUUGGAUUGGAUUGACCUUA